AUGGUGGAGCUGGAGAAAGAUGUUCUGCCGUUGCCGCCGCGGUACCGGUUCCGUGACCUGUUGCUUGGAGACUGGCAGACGGACGACAGGGUGCAGGUAGAGUUCUAUGUGAAUGAAAACACCUUUAAGGAGAGACUGAAGCUGUUCUUCAUCAAAAACCAAAGAUCCAGUCUGAGGGUGCGACUGUUCAACUUCUCCCUGAAAGUGCUGAGCUGCCUGCUGUACAUCAUCCGAGUGCUGCUGGAUGACCCCCAGGAGGGGAGAGGGGGAUGCUGGGAUUGUCCUCGGCAGAACGCAUCCUCCCACUCCAGGACUAGUUUUGACUGGUCCCUCAUUAUCUGGGUGAAUAGGCCCCUCCCUCUUUGGGCUCUACAGGUGCUGGUGGCAUUUAUCAGCUUCUCUGAGACCAUGCUGCUGGUGUACCUGAGCUAUAAGGGUAACGUCUGGGAGCAGGUGCUACGGAUUCCAUUCAUCCUGGAGAUGAUCAGUGCGGUUCCAUUCGUCAUCACUGUUAUUCUACCCUCCCUCAGAAACCUUUUCAUCCCUGUUUUCCUCAACUGCUGGCUGGCCAAACACGCGCUGGAGAACAUGAUAAACGACCUGCACCGGGCCAUACAGCGCACCCACUCCGCCAUGUUCAACCAGGUCCUCAUCCUCAUCUGCACCCUGGUCUGCCUCAUGUUCACCUGUAUCUGUGGUAUACAGCACCUGGAACGGGCAGGGAAUAACCUCACCCUCUUCGACUCUCUGUACUUCUGUGUGGUCACCUUCUCCACUGUGGGCUUCGGGGAUGUCACCCCCCAGAUCUGGCCCUCCCAGCUGCUGGUGGUCAUUAUGAUCUGUGUGGCCCUCAUCGUGCUGCCCAUCCAGUUUGAACAGCUGGCCUUCCUGUGGAUGGAGAGGCAGAAAUCUGGGGGGAACUACAGCCGGUACCGGGCCCAGACGGAGAAGCACGUGGUUCUGUGUGUCAGCUGCCUGAAGAUCGACCUGCUCAUGGACUUCCUCAACGAGUUCUACGCCCACCCCCGCCUGCAGGAUUACUACGUGGUGAUCCUGUGUCCGGCGGAGAUGGACGUGCAGGUGCGGCGGGUGCUGCAGAUCCCUCUCUGGGCGCAGAGGGUCAUCUACCUGCAGGGCUCCGCCCUCAAGGACCAGGACCUGAUGAGGGCCAAGAUGGACGAUGCCGAGGCCUGCUUCAUCCUCAGCAACCGCUUCGAAGUGGACCGCAUCGCCGCCGACCACCAGACCAUCCUGAGAGCGUGGGCGGUGAAGGACUUCGCCCCAAACUGUCCCCUCUACGUCCAGAUCCUCAAACCCGAGAGCAAGUUUCACGUCAAAUUUGCAGAUCAUGUGGUGUGUGAGGAGGAGUUUAAGUACGCCAUGCUGGCCCUCAACUGUGUGUGUCCCGCCACCUCCACCCUCAUCACCCUGCUGAUACACUCCUCCAGAGGACAAACAGCGCCCCCAGAGGCCUUUCGACAACGCGCAGGAACCUUCCAAUCCCUCAGCAGAGAGGCCGGGACCAGCUCUGCUGACCAAUGGCAGCGCACCUACAGCCGCUGCUCAGCCAAUGAGGUGUACCACAUUCGCCUGGAAGAGAGCAAGUUUUUUGGGGAGUACCAGGGCAAGAGCUUCACCUUCGCCUCCUUCCAUGCUCACAAGAAGUACGGGGUGUGUCUGAUCGGGGUGCGCAGGCUGGACACGGCCAACAUCCUGCUGAACCCGGGACCCUGCCACAUCAUGGGCGCCUCCGACACCUGCUUCUACAUCAACAUCUCCAAGGAGGAGAACUCCGCCUUCGUCAGGGGCCAGCAGGGGUCGCUGCGGGGCCCGGGCCGAGGGGCCGCGGGGGGCAUGCCCCAAACCAUCUACCACGGCCUGACCCGCCUGCCCGUCCACAGCAUCAUCGCUAGCAUGGGUACGGUCGCCAUGGACCUGCAGGACUCGAGUGGGAGCAGCCCGGACAGCGCAGAGGGCGGGACAGCGGGGGGGUCUGCGCGGGGGGGUGGGCGUGGUGGUGGCGUGGUGGUGUCCGACACGGGCGGGGCCAGCACCCUGGCACUCCCAGCGAUGGCGGUGGCGGCCGAUUCGGCGGAGGAGAGGAGGCACAGUAUCGCCCCUGUCCUGGAGUUGGUGGACGGGGUCAGCGCACCAGCCUUCGACCUGCUGAGUGACCAAUCUGAGGACGAGGGCGGCGAGGAGGGUGGCCAGGGGGACAGAGCUGAGGGCCAGCACUGGGGGGGCCACACCGAGUGGGUGAAGGGGUACCCCCUGAACUCUCCCUACAUCGGCAGCUCACCCACCCUGUGCCACCUGCUGCAAGAGAAGGUACCUUUCUGCUGUCUGCGCCUGGACAAGGCCUGCCACCACGUCCCCUGUGAGGACGCGCGCUCGUACGGCUUCAGGAACAAACUGAUCAUCGUGUCGGCGGAGAGUGCAGGGAACGGCCUCUACAACUUCAUCGUCCCGCUGCGGGCCUACUACCGCCCCAAGAAGGAGCUCAACCCCAUCGUGCUGCUGCUGGAGAACCCACCCGAAGUCUACUUCCUAGAGGCCAUCUGCUGGUUCCCAAUGGUCUUCUACACUGUGGGCUCCAUCGACAACCUGGACAGCCUGCUCCGCUGUGGGGUCACCUUCGCGGACACCAUGGUGGUUGUGGACAAGGAGAGCUCCAUGAUCGCCGAGGAGGACUACAUGGCGGACGCUAAGACCAUCGUCAACGUUCAGACCCUUUACAGACUGUUUCCUGCUCUCAGCAUCAUUACAGAGCUGACCCACCCUGCAAACAUGCGCUUCAUGCAGUUCAAGGUGAAGGACCACUACUCCCUGGCCCUGUCCAAACUGGAGAAGAAGGAGAGGGAGAAGGGCUCCAACCUCGUCUUCAUGUUUCGUCUGCCCUUUGCUGCAGGAAAGGUGUUCAGUGUCAGCAUGCUGGACACCCUGCUGUACCAGUCCUUUGUCAAGGACUACAUCAUCUCCAUCACCAGACUCCUGCUGGGGCUGGACUCCAUGCCGGGCUCAGGGUUCCUGUGUGCUAUGAAGAUUACAGAGGAGGACCUGUGGAUACGCACCUACGGGCGACUCUACCAGAAGCUGUGCUCCUCCACCGGUGACAUCCCCAUCGGCAUCUACCGCACUGAGUCCCGCACACUGCCCGUGUCAGAGUCUCAGGUCUCCAUUAACGUGGAGGACUACGAGGACACCCGAGAGCCACGGGAGCCCCUCCUCUUUAGGGCAGGGCCUCACCGUAACUCCACCUCCUCUGAGCCGCCCCUCUCCACCUCCUCCUCCUCCUCUGAGCACCCCCUCCUGCGCCGGAAGAGCAUGCAGUGGGCGCGGCGCCUGAGCCGAAAGGGCGGACGGGGCCCGGGCGGGGCCAAGGGCCCAGGGAGCGCCGCCGAGAGGAUCAGCCAGCAGAGGCUGACGCUGUUCCGCCGCUCCGAGCGGCAGGAGCUCAACGCCCUGGUGCGCACGCGCAUGAAGCACCUGGGCCUGUCGCCCUCCGGAUACAAUGAUAAGUCAGACCAGGGCAACACUCUGUCCUACAUCCUGAUCAACCCAUCCCUCGACACACGGCUGGAACUCCAUGAUGUGGUGUAUCUGAUUCGGCCUGACCCCCUGUCUCUGGUGCCCAGCGGGGGAGGGGGAGGGGGAGGGGGCGGGCCCGGGGGCGGGAGAAAGCCCAGCGGGAGCCGAUGCGAGGACCCCCGGGACAGCACACACCUGUGA